UCCAAGUCGACUACUCAAACGACAUGGUUGUGAACUCCAGUCGCUAAUAGCCAGCAAUGUUCCUGAACUAUUAUUGACCGCCCCCCGAUUCCUCCUGAGCGACUCUACCAAAGACCUCGGUUCGUUCUGAACCAACCCGAACGACCAUCAUGUCUUCACGAUUUCCCCGCCAACGCGACCCCCGCGCCUCAUCCUCCCUCUUCGACUCAUAUGGUGGCGACUCUCGCCCGGCCAGCAGAUCGCCCGCGCCGUCAGGCGGAUAUGGAUACGGAGGUUACCCCAGUCCGGCAGGCAGCUAUGGCAAUGGAAGUGCUGCGGGGGCCUCAUAUAGGAGCGCAACCCCGGAUAAGAAGGGCCACUACUCUGACGCAGUUCUCUCAUCCCUCGAAUCACAAAAUGAUGCGGAAGUGGAAGGCAUCACCGCUAAGGUGAAGAUGCUGAAAGAUAUCUCUAUCGCCAUCGGUGACGAGAUUCGGGAUACCACAUACCUAGAGGGGCUCGAAAGUUCAUUCGAAAACACACGAGUCCGGAUCCGCGGAAACAUGAACCGCAUGCUCCGCAUGGCUGACAGCACCGGCGUCGGCUGGAGAGUGUGGCUUGGGUUCUUCUUCGCCGUCUUCCUCUUGUUCUUUUACGUGUGGAUAUUUUAG